CAACUAAAUCGAUCUGUUUAUCUUUGGCGCGUGCAUUGUGGAAGAAAUCGAAGCACAAAACGUUUAAACACUUAGGGCCUUUCAGGGGCCUUUCACUCAUCAAAGCAGCAAUAUUCCGCUUGCUUGGUGCUUGACUAUGGAAAUAUUGAGGUGACUUUUAAAUAAGCCAAAACUGAAAAUGAAUAAGUUAGAGGCUGUUCAGACCGAACGCGUUCUUGUCCUGAAAAGCUAGACUGGCGCAACGAAUGCAACAGAACGGCCCAUGACAACAACAAUGUCCCACAGCUGCUAACGUUCAUUUAACAGCAAUGAACUGGAACAAGGGGGGCUCGGGUGGCAAGCGAGGCUUUGGAUUUGGAGGGUUCUCCCUUUCUUCGAGUGGGAAGAAAGAGGAACCUCAACCAGCUCAGAAGGCCCACUCCGCAUUUGGAGCGUCGGGAUCAUCGGGUGGAUAUGGCAAGAAUCAGCAGCUUUCGUCAUUUUACAAAAUUGGAACAAAGCGCGCCAACUUCGACGAGGAAAACGCGUAUUUUGAGGAUGAUGAAGAGGAGUCUAGCAGUACAGAUCUGCCUUAUAUACCUGCUGAGAACUCUCCUACAAGGCAGCAGUUCAAGUCUGGCGGAGGAGGAGGCUCAGACAGUGAGGAUGACCCGCUUGAUGCAUUUAUGGCUGAGGUGGAGGACCAAGCAGCAAAGGACAUGAAGAAACUGGAGGAGAAGGAAAAAGAGAAAAAGUUGGCCAAGGGUAUACGGGAUGACAUUGAAGAGGAAGAUGACCAAGAAGCAUAUUUUCGGUACAUGGCAGAGAACCCAACAGCUGGGCUGACCCAAGAGGAAGAGGAGGAAGAAGUGGACUAUGACAGUGAUGGGAACCCCAUUGCUCCCACUUCCAAAAAGAUCAUCAUGCCCCUACCCCCCAUAGAUCACUCUGAGAUUGACUAUCCUCCCUUUGAGAAGAACUUUUAUAUAGAGCAUGAAGAACUCAGCAGCUUGACUGGUAUACAAGUGGUGGAACUGAGGCAGAAACUCAACCUGAAAGUAUCAGGUGCAGCCCCUCCUAAACCAGCCACCAGUUUUGCCCACUUUGGUUUUGAUGAGCAGCUUAUGCACCAGAUCCGUAAAUCAGAGUACACUCAACCCACACCCAUCCAGUGCCAGGGUGUUCCCAUAGCUUUGAGUGGCCGAGACAUGAUUGGCAUUGCCAAGACUGGCAGUGGAAAGACUGCAGCUUUCAUUUGGCCAAUACUGGUGCACAUCAUGGACCAGAAGGAGCUGGAGCAGGGAGAGGGACCCAUUGCUGUGAUUGUCUGCCCCACCAGAGAGCUCUGUCAACAGAUCCAUGCUGAGUGCAAGCGCUUUGGGAAGGUGUAUGGCCUACGCUCGGUGGCAGUCUAUGGAGGAGGCAGCAUGUGGGAACAAGCCAAAGCUCUACAAGAAGGAGCUGAAAUAGUUGUCUGCACCCCGGGUCGUCUAAUUGAUCACGUGAAGAAGAAGGCUACAUCUCUGCAGCGAGUGACCUACCUGAUAUUUGACGAGGCUGAUCGCAUGUUUGACAUGGGCUUUGAGUACCAAGUGAGGUCCAUUGCCAGCCACGUCAGACCUGAUAGACAGACUCUGCUAUUCAGUGCAACAUUUCGGAAGAAAAUCGAAAAGUUGGCACGGGAUAUUUUGGUCGACCCAAUCCGCGUUGUGCAGGGAGACAUAGGAGAGGCUAAUGAAGAUGUGACACAAAUCGUGGAGGUGUUGCCGGUUGGGCAGGAGAAGUGGGGUUGGCUGACACGCAGGCUGGUGGAGUUCACCUCAGCUGGCUCUGUGCUGAUUUUUGUCACUAAGAAGGCCAACUGUGAGGAGCUGGCUACAAAUUUGACUCAGGAAGGUUAUAGCCUGGGGCUGCUCCAUGGAGACAUGGAUCAGAGCGAGAGGAACAAGGUCAUUGCUGACUUCAAGAAAAAGAACCUGCCCGUAUUGGUAGCUACUGAUGUAGCUGCUCGUGGAUUGGAUAUUCCAUCUAUCCGUACAGUUGUAAACUACGAUGUAGCACGGGACAUCGACACACAUACACAUCGAAUUGGUAGAACAGGUCGUGCAGGAGAGAAGGGCGUUGCUUACACUCUGCUCACCAAUAAAGACACUUCAUUUGCUGGUGACCUGGUUCGCAAUCUAGAGGGGGCCAAUCAGAGUGUUUCAAAGGAGCUGAUGGAUCUGGCAAUGCAGAAUCCCUGGUUCAGGAAAUCACGCUUUAAAGCAGGGAAAGGGAAGAAGCUGAAUAUCGGAGGUGGAGGCCUGGGUUACAGAGAGAGACCUGGUCUUGGAUCUGAAACCACUGAGCGCGGUGGUAGUAGUGCUCUUGGUAACUAUGAAGCCUUCAAACCUCCCACUGGAGCCAUGGGAGAUCGCAUGUCUGCCCUAAAGCAAGCUUUUCAGGCUCAGUAUAAAAACCACUUUGUGGUAGCAUCUGGUGUUGCCCCCAAACUCACCACAAAGUCCAGCAGCUCCUCUGGGUGGACCAGUGCAGGGAGUCUGAGUUCUCUGCCCUCAGGAGCACCUGAAGGGCCUGACAGACCCCACCUGCCCUUCUCAUCAUCAUCAUCAUCCUCUUCCUCCUUUUCUUCCAUGAUGCCGCCUCCUGCCCUCAGCUCUGGCACUAAAAUGAGUGGCUUUAGUAGCGCAGGCUCCCUGAGCUCUAUAUCAGACUCUUACUCCAGCUCUUCCUCAAAAGAGGGCUCCCGUAGCGAUAGGAAUGCUGAUGAUAGGGGUCGCCAUGGAGAUCAUCAUUAUCGUCAUGGUGACAGGCACAGUGGGGGAGACCGGGAUCGCUACGGAGAAAGGGACCGUCAUGGAGACAAAGACCGCCGUAGUGACCGAGAUCGUCAUAGCGAUAGCCGAAACGGUGAAGGAAGUCACAAGGACAGAGAGGGAUGGUCAGAAAGAGAUGGGGGGGAGCGGUCAGGGACUCAUAAAGACAGCUUUGCUGUACCUGAUCCCCCCAAACGUAAGAAAAGCAGAUGGGACAAUUAAGGCCAAUUAAGUGUACAGGAUAGAAGCAGACAAGUGUUCUUUGAUAAGAAUACAUAGCUGAACCAGUCUCCCCAGCAGUGUCUUUACUUGUCAGCUUGUCUUUUUGUCUAUAUGUGAGGUGAAGCUGUAUUAAGGGUGCAUUGGGCACUCAGUCACAACGUCAUCCUUGUCAUUUAAUAAAUGCAUCUAAGGCAGGCUGCUUUAGAUAUGUCUGUGAAUUGACAAAAUAUAAUAGAAUGCAUUUUGAAACAACAGCCAACCAUUCAAGCAUUGUCUUAAAAUGUAGAUGUACCUGUUUAGUGGCACACCAGUGAUUUUUAUUUUGUACAUUUUUUUUUUUUUUUUUUAAUUUUUAUUAAUAGGAUGAGAAAAAUGUUUAACACUGUGUAACAAGAAAAUGCAGAUUUAGAUUUCAAAACUUCAGAAUUGCAGAUUUUAUUUGAUUGAUGUGUGCUCCAUUUCAUAAACUAUUUGUGAAUGAUCUAUUUUAUGAUUUCAACGUUAUCCAGUGUAUUUUAAAUGCAUCCUAUAACAUGUUUCAAACACCACCUGUUUUCUAAGUUCUUAAAGGAAUAUUCUGGGUUCAGUACAAGUUAAGCUCAGUCAACAACAUUUGUGGCAUAAUAUUGAUUGCCACAAAAGUUUACUUUGACUCAUCCCUCCUUUAAAAAAAAUAAAAUAAAAAAAAAAAGUUACAGUGAGGCACUUACAAUGGAAGUGAAUGUGGCCAAUUUUUGAAGGCUAAAAUACUAUUUCAAAAAUUUAGUCACAAGACAGACAAUAUGCGUGUAAACAUGAUUUUAGUCUGCUAAAAUCACUUACUAAUCUUUUCGGUGUAAAGUUAUAACCAAUUUUACAACUUAGUUACUAUGAUGAUGUAAACAAAUCCUAAAAUGAAGAUUUAAACAACUUUACAGCUCAAAUAAUACAUGAGUUUUAUCAGAAGAAUUAAUGUAAGUGCUUUUAUGAAAUUAUAAGUUUCACGUUUCUGCCUUGAAACCCUCUAAAAAUUGGCCACAUUCACUUCCAUUGUAAGUGCCUCACUUUAACCUCGAUUUUGGCUUCUUUUUUUAAAGAAAAGGGACUAGUCGAAAUAGAUUUUUGUGGUAAUCAACAUUGUUACAAAUGCUAUCAAUUGAGCGUAACUUGUAUUGAACCCGGAACAUUCCUUAAAUGUCCAGCAGCGAGCUUGUCCGAUUUUUAUUUUGUUCAUACCCUUUUUAUAUUUUCAAUUCAAACAUUUACCAGUAGGUUGACAUUGUUCAGUAUAAGCUUUCAUCAACUGUCUGUCAUAAAAGAUGCAAACUAUCCAUUAUUUGGGAUUUAUAUCUUUCUGUGUUGCCUUAUAUGUAAAAUUACAUUAAGCGUAGAUCCACACACAUUCUGAUCACAGUAAGAAUUUGAAUGCGGUGAGAACAUAUCCAUGAGUCUGCAAUAAAAUCAAUGUAAUAUGC